AUGACCACAAAAAAGGUUACUUUCGAUCCAAUUAGUUUCAUGUACUCGAAUGGGGGCGAUGCGGACGGCAUGUCUAGGGACACCGCCUGCAGCAGGCCGAGCAAGCUAAGCAGUCACGCCCUGAGGCAGAGGCUGACCCGUCAGGAGGCCAACCCGAAGAUCAACUUCUUCGAGAGGGACUUCCCGGACAGUUCCGAGUGCUCCUCGGACGACUUCGACUUCCCGGAGACCCUGGUCGAGCGGGUUCAUCGACUGUACUUUACGCGCUUGCGGAAGCAGCACUACAAUGAAGCCGCCAACCGGGCUCUAGCCAGGAAGUUGAUUUGCGAGGAGUUCGGCAGCAAGCCGGCCAGCUCGCAGGAGAGCAAACACAACGAAGAGGGGCUGCCUGAACAGUCGAUCUCCGAGUGUUCUGAGUGUCUUCCAAACACCCCAUCAUCAGAGGACUCAUACCCUACCUUCCAGUACUUCCAAAGCCCAAGUGUGACAAUGUCUGUAGACGAUGCCAUAGCGAAGGAGGAGCCGGAACCCGGAUUCCACCCGUCGCAUCGCUGCUUCAAUAAGCUGACGGAACGGAUAGUGGAUCCUUCUAAUACUGCUAACUCUAGUACUGUCACAUAUGCUGAGAAUGUUCAAAAAAUCUACUCGGGAUCACUGACGCCCAAUCGACCACUCGUUCGACCACUCGAUCUACCAAGUGCCCACGUCACUAGCUCAUUCUCAAGCCCCCGGGUGUAUAAUGACUGGAUGUCCGUGGAGGCCGAGACGGAGCCCGGUUCCGAGAAGCAUUCCCGCAUCCUGGACAACGGCAAGCACUCGGAAGGCAAGCACUGGGAACACCUCAAAAAAAGGGAGAAAACUGGUCGCAGUAUCAUUGGUCACAGUGUAUCUAAGGAGCAAAUGUGGAUCGACUGA